AUGAUAGGCUUUAUCAAACAACGACAUGAACUAAAUCAGAAGAAUCCGGUACAUCAUGAGGACGAGUCCAUCGUUAAACCCAGAGGUGACAGUGAGUCGUUCAAGGCAUCUAAGCAGAAUAACAUGACCAUUUUUAUAGUAGUGUUUUGGGAAAUGGGUUUCAAUGUAAUUAGGCUACUGAGCGGAUCAGCUGUAGCACUGGUUAUAGCCCCCACUGUCUUACUGACAAUGCUUUCUUCUGCUGAACGAGGAUGCCCUAAGGGCUGUAGGUGUGAAGGCAAAAUGGUAUAUUGUGAAUCUCAGAAAUUACAGGAGAUACCCUCAAGUAUAUCUGCUGGUUGCUUAGGUUUGUCCCUUCGCUAUAACAGCCUACAGAAACUUAAGUAUAAUCAAUUUAAAGGGCUCAACCAGCUCACCUGGCUAUACCUUGACCAUAACCAUAUCACCAAUAUUGACGAGAAUGCUUUCAAUGGAAUACGCAGACUCAAAGAGUUGAUUCUGAGUUCCAACCGAAUCUCCUAUUUUCUUAACAAUACCUUCAGACCUGUGACAAAUUUAAGGAACUUGGACCUGUCCUAUAAUCAGCUGCAUUCUCUGGGAUCUGAACAGUUUCGGGGCUUGCGGAAACUGCUGAGUUUACACUUGCGGUCUAACUCCCUGAGAACCAUCCCUGUGCGAAUAUUCCAAGACUGCCGCAACCUGGAACUUUUGGACCUGGGAUAUAACCGGAUCCGAAGUUUAGCCAGGAAUGUCUUUGCUGGCAUGAUCAGACUCAAAGAACUUCACCUGGAGCACAAUCAGUUUUCCAAGCUCAACCUGGCCCUGUUUCCAAGGCUGGUGAGCCUACAGAACCUUUACUUGCAGUGGAAUAAGAUCAGUGUCAUAGGACAGACCAUGGCGUGGACCUGGAGCUCCUUACAGAGGCUUGAUUUAUCGGGCAAUGAGAUCGAAGCUUUCAGUGGACCCAGUGUUUUCCAGUGCGUCCCCAAUCUGCAGCGCCUCAACCUGGAUUCCAACAAGCUCACAUUUAUUGGUCAAGAGAUUUUGGAUUCUUGGAUAUCCCUCAAUGACAUCAGUCUGGCCGGGAAUAUAUGGGAAUGCAGCAGAAACAUUUGUUCCCUGGUAAACUGGCUGAAAAGUUUUAAAGGUUUGAGGGAGAAUACAAUUAUCUGUGCCAGUCCCAAAGAGCUGCAAGGAGUCAAUGUAAUUGAUGCAGUAAAGAACUACAGCAUCUGUGGCAAAAGCACCACGGAGAGGUUUGAUCUGGCCAGGGCGCUCCCAAAGCCCACAUUUAAGCCCAAGCUCCCCAGGCCGAAGCAUGAGAGCAAGCCCCCCUUGCCCCCCACGGUGGGAGCCACGGAGCCCGGGCCAGAGACCGAUGCUGACACGGAGCACAUCUCUUUCCAUAAAAUCAUCGCGGGCAGCGUGGCCCUUUUCCUGUCUGUGCUCGUCAUCCUGCUCGUUAUCUACGUGUCAUGGAAGCGGUACCCUGCGAGCAUGAAGCAGCUGCAGCAACGCUCCCUCAUGCGAAGGCACAGGAAAAAGAAAAGACAGUCCCUAAAGCAAAUGACUCCCAGCACCCAGGAAUUUUAUGUAGAUUACAAACCCACCAACACGGAGACCAGCGAGAUGCUGCUGAAUGGGACGGGACCCUGCACCUAUAGCAAAUCAGGCUCCAGGGAGUGUGAGAUACCUUUAUCAAUGAACGUGUCAACCUUUCUGGCAUACGACCAGCCCACAAUAAGUUACUGUGGGGUGCAUCAUGAACUUCUCUCUCAUAAGCCCUUUGAAACGAAUGCACAGGAAGAUACGAUGGAAACACACCUAGAGACUGAGCUGGACCUGAGCACAAUCACAACAGCUGGCCGAAUAAGUGACCAUAAACAGCAGCUGGCUUAA